AGAGCCCGGGCGAGGAUGGAGAAGAGCAGCUUCGCCAUGGCCAAAUUCGGUUUGGAGCCCAAGGAGGCGAUGCCCAAGCGCGACUGCGGUUUUUACCUGAAAUACAUUUUCCUUUUCACCUCGCUGAUCCAAUUCCUGAUCAUCCUGGGGCUCGUGCUCUUCAUGGUGUACGGGAACGCUCAGGCGGGCACCGACACCCACCUGAGGCUGCUGGAGGAGCAGGUGCAGAGCCACUACCGCAGGAUUGUCACCCUGGGUGCCACCAACGCCAACCUCAGCCGCGCCCUCAACGCCACCCUCAAGGACAAGGAGAAGCUGCAGGGGCUGGCGCUGAAGGUGCAGAGGGAGCUGGAGAAGUGUAACAGCAGCCAGGCUUCCAGCAGCCUCCCGCAGCUGCAGCAGCUCGUGUACCAGCAGGUGAGGUUGGCCGAGUGCCAGAUGACCGCCACCCUCAUCAACACCUCCUGCAGCGCCGAGAAGCUGCAGCUGCGGCAGCAGCUGGAACGGGCCGGCUCAUCCCAGAAAAGCCUGGAGGAAAGCGGCCGGCAGAGCCAGGCCGGGCUGGCCAAAGCCACCCAGGAGAGGGACAGGUGCCAGCAGGAGCUGCAGAGCUCCAGGGCCGAAGGGGAUCUCAGCAGGAUGGAGCUGCAGCUGCAGAGACACGAGUGCCGCGCCCUCCAGAGCGACAUGAACAACAAAUUCCCCCGGAUCUCGGAGCUGGUGAAGCAGCUCCAGUGUGGGGAAGCGGAGAGCGAGCUGAAGCAGCUCCGGGAGCGAGCCUUGGCGCUCCUGAGGGAGCACCAGGAGAGGGAUUCCCAGUACAUCUGGAAAAGCCGCUGCGAGCUGAACGUGCAGCAGUGCCAGCUCAACUGCUCCCGGGAAAAGCAGGAGCUCGAGAACAGGAUCCAGGCGCUGGAAAAGCGGGAGAAGGAUGGGCUGGAGGAGAGGAAGAGGCUGGAGCAGGAGAAGGAGAAGGUGGGGAAGGAGCUGGAGGAGAAGAGGAAGGAGGCGGCGGCGCAGGCGGAGUCGCUGAGGGAGCAGCUCGGGGUCUGCAUGGGAACCAAGAUGCCCCACCUGGAGCUGCCGGGCUCGCGGGGGCCGGGCAGCGCCGCCCGCUCCAGCUCCUUCUCUGGCCCCGGCUCCUACAUGGAAUUCCUGCGGAACCCGGCCACGCUGGGCACCAUGGGGAAGAAGAACCUGGAGGAGCUCCAGCAGAUGCUGCAGGUGAUGGAGCAGCUCAUGGCCACCCUCAAGAGCCCCAGCGGAUAACAUCCAGGAAAACCCCCGGGAAAAGCAGGAGCCGCCCAGGAAGUGCUUCCCGCAGCACGGAUGGCAGAGCCGCGCCCAGGGCCACCCUCCCGCUGUCCCCGUGUCCCCAAAGCCACCCCGCGUGUCCCCUCGGGUGUAUCCCCGCCUUCCGGCUGGAGCGGGACAACAGCCGGCCCCGAA